AUCUCCAACGAUGCAGGCGCCACACUCCUUUUUGUCACUCAAUCACUUCUAUCUUCACCUGGUCUUCUAUAAACUUUUUAAACCAUCUGCCAAACCAGAAGCUAACAAGACUUGUGCUUGUAAUCAGGGGUGGACUGACAACUCAUGGGGCCCCCGGGCAAUAGGGGAUCAUGGGGCCCCUGUGUCUUUGCCCAAACUCAAAAAAGCCUAUGAAAAAGGUACCAGGGGCAUCUCAUGGGGCCCCCUACUCACCCUGGGCCCUCGGGCAGUCCCCGAGUUUCCAAAUGGUCAGUCCGCCCCUGCUCUGGGGAUAUCUCCCUGAAACCCUGGUCCUCCAAUA